AUGUCAGUGGUGGGUUUGAGGGUGGAGGGGAUGAGGGUGGUGCAGAGAGACAGUCCCAAACAUGUGAAAGUUCAAGCCAAUCCUGGUCUUGAUGUGAAGGAAAAUGUGUCGUUGACACUGAGCUGUUCUGCAGAGUCCAACCCACCAGUGAGCUCUGUCACCUGGAGGAAGACGACUGAUGGGAGAGAGGAAAUCGUCCAACAGAAUCAGACUCAGACCUUCAGGGUGAAUUCAGCCAGUCCCUCUGACAGUGGACUGUACAGCUGUGAAGCCACCAAUGACAUUGGAAGAGAAAAGUCACAGCCAGCUGAGGUUGAAGUCAGAUACCCGCCCACUGAACCUAAACUGUCUAUGAGUUCUGAGGUCACAGAAGGUCAGAACAUCACCAUCAACUGCACUGUUGAAAGUUUCCCACAAUCAACUCUCACCUUGAUGAAGACCAACACAAAUCAUCAGUCUUUAAAAAUCACUGAAAAUAAUCUGUAUUCACGACACAUCAACUCUCUCUCCAACACGUUUACUGUGACUUCAGCCAACGCUGGCUGGUACUUCUGCCGUGCCGAGAACACUGAGGGUUACAAGGACAGCGAGCAGAAGGAGUUGGUGGUGAAAUACAGUCCCAAACAUGUGACAGUUCAAGCCAAUCCUGGUCUUGAUGUGAAAGAAAAUGUGUCGUUGACACUGAGCUGUUCUGCCGAGUCCAACCCACCAGUGAGCUCUGUCACCUGGAGGAAGACGACUGAUGGGAGAGAGGAAAUCAUCCAACAGACUCAGACUCAGACCUUCAGGGUGAAUUCAGCCAGUCCCUCUGACAGUGGACUGUACAGCUGUGAAGCCACCAAUGACAUUGGAAGUGGAAAGUCACAGCCAGCUGAGGUUAAAGUCAUAUACAGUCCCAACAAUGUGAAAGUUCGAGCCAAUCCUGGUCUUGAUGUGAAGGAAAAGGUGUCGUUGACACUGAGUUGUUCUGCCGAGUCCUACCCACCAGUGAGCUCUGUCACCUGGAUGAAGACGACUGAUGGGAGAGAGGAAAUCAUCCAACAAACUUGGAGGAAGACCUUCAGGGUGAAUUCAGCCAGUCCCUCUGACAGUGGACUGUACAGCUGUGAAGCCACCAAUGACAUUGGAAGUGAAAAGUCACAGACAGCUGAGGUUAAAGUCAGAUAUAAGCCGAGGAAGACGACCAUUUCUGUCAGUGGCUCUUCUGAUAACCAAGUGAAAGUUGGUCGUUAUCUCACGUUAACAUGUGACACCGAUGCCAAUCCUGCCCCGACGACUUACUCCUGGUAUCGCAGCAAAAAUCAACAAACUGACUCUUGGUGGAAGACCACAAACAGCCGAGAGCUGAGUUUAACAAUACAAAGAGCAGAUGAAGCUUGUUACAGAUGCAGCGCCUCAAACCUCGUUGGUGAAGGGGAUGAGAGUCAACCAGUGUGCAUAAAAGUACUGUACCCGCCCACUGAACCUAUACUGUCUAUGAGGUCUGAGGUCACAGAAGAUGAAACCAUCACCAUCAGCUGCACUGUUGAAAGUUUCCCAGAGUCAACUCUCACCUUGAUGAGGACCAACACAUAUCAUCAGACUUUAAAAAUCAAUGAAAAUAAUCUGUAUUCACGAGCCAUCAACACUCUCUCCCACACGUUUACUGUGACUUCAGACGACACCGGCUGGUACGUCUGCCGUGCCCAGAACACUGAGGGCUCAAAGGACAGCAAGAAGAAGGAGUUGGUGGUGAAAUACAGUCCCAAACAUGUGACAGUUCAAGCCAAUCCUGGUCUUGAUGUGAAGGAAAAUGUGUUGUUGACACUGAGCUGUUCUGCCGACUCCAACCCACCAGUGAGCUCUGUCACCUGGAGGAAGACGACUGAUGGAAGAGAGGAAAUCAUCCAACAGACUCAGACUCAGACCUUCAGGGUGAAUUCAGCCAGUCCCUCUGACAGUGGACUGUACAGCUGUGAAGCCACCAAUGACAUUGGAAGUGGAAAGUCACAGCCAGCUGAGGUUAAAGUCAGAUUUGCUCCAAAACACACAAACAUCACGGAGUCGGCAGAGAAGCAGGAGCUUGAUGGGAGGAGCUCCGUGAUGCUGAGCUGCUUCAGUCACAGCUUUCCCACAGUCCAACACUACUCAUGGUACAGGAAGAGUCAGGGGGAGGAAAAGGAUGAAAUUGUGUCUAAGCAUCAAAACCACACAGUGUACUCAAACCAGUCAGGAGUCUACUACUGCAUCGCAGAAAAUGAAAUAGAUCAACGUUCGUCUGAUCCCGUCCAUCUGUUUGAACGAAACUCUCUGGACAUCCUGAUGUUCAUCGUUCCUGCUUUAUUUGUCCUGAUGAUUAUCAUUUUAAUCAUCGUAGUUUUAAGAUACAGGAGGAAAAAAUCUAUUCAACAAGGAACAACAAACACUGAAUCCCCUACUGGUUUUUCGGGUCGGUGUAAUGGUCCCAGAAGGAGGAGUCUGACGUAUGAGAAUGUCUCUGUGGAGCCUUUCAGGAGCAGAGACGACCUCUUUUCAGAGCAGUUGAGGCGUCCAGAGGCCCCUGCACUCCAGCCUCUUCCAGACAGCACGCCUCCGACCGACAUCAACGCUGUUUACAGCAUUUUGAGUCUGCCCCAGGCUGCCUCCGCACAAAACCCCACAAGACAGAAAGCUGGAAACACCAAGGACGAUUCUGCCAACUACGCUUCUGUGGACUUUAAGAAUAAGCUAAAAAAGGUGGAAGAAGACCCUGUGUAUGCGAAGGUUUCCAAGCCAACAAGAGUUAAAAAGAAUGAACCAGAGAGCCUGCAGGACUAUGAAAACAUUAGUAAUGCAACUGCACGUGCACCAAAAUAUCCAAAUCUAUUUGACAACCACACCAGUGAAGGUGAAGUGGAGCUGAACUAUUCACAGGUGAGAUUCACAGCGAAGCCUCGACGUCAGACGACCAACAGAGACUCCAGCAGCUCAGAGGAAGAUGAGAGUCUUUACUCUAACGUCAGGAUUUGACCCGAGAUGUUCUCGUCCUGCUUUUUACAGCUACCUCGGGCCUGAGGAACUUUAUAGAGAGUCUGAAGAGUUCAUGUGUUAAGCAAAAUAUGUCGUAAUCAUAAAUCUACAGUAAUGUAAGCUGGUCAACAAACCUUAUGCAGCUCCAACAAAACCGUGUGUGUUGCCAUUAGGAGUAUUUUAAAACUAGUUAGCAAGAAGGCACAGAAGUUACAUUACCUAGAUAAAAAGGAUAAAUAUUUAAAACUGUUAAUUAAAAGUUUUGGGGAAAAUAGUGAACUCAGCAAAAUGUGAGGAAUAAACAGUUGAAAUUCUUAUUUUGCAACUUAAAAUGCAAAUAAUGUGAGUGUAAAAUGAUUGUAUUAAUAACUUUUGAUAUAAUCUAUAUAUAUAUAAAUGACAUGCAGUUAGACAAGACAUGCUGAGAAUCACUGCUGCAUGUUUUUUUGUGUGCUUUCCAGUGUUGUUAACUUAAGCCAAACCCACACACCUGAAAUGUAAAUAUCCUGUAGCUCAAAAUAAAAUGAAAUAUGUUGGAACAAAU